AUGAUUGGGGGCUUAUUCGUCUACAAUCACAAAGGCGAAGUCCUCAUCUCGCGUAUUUAUCGAGAUGACGUUACGUGAGUAUUUAUUUCCGAAUUUUUUUCAGAAAUUCAUUUGAAACUAAAAAAAGUCAAAUAUGUUUUUAAGGAGGAACGCUGUUGACGCGUUUCGAGUCAAUGUUAUCCAUGCCCGACAGCAGGUAGAUUAUUUAAAUUUUUUACUGCGUUUAUCUUGGAAACACGUUCUUAUAGUCAAUUUAAUCAUUUAAACAAAUGUAAAGAAGUGCUCGUUUUGUAGCGAAAGUUACAAAAAAAAUAAUAUUUGUUAAAAAAAUGUUCAGCAAUAAUUAAUUCUGGAAAAAUUUUGGUAACACAACAAUUGUUUUUCGAUUUUUUUGACGCUUUUUAACAAAUGAAAAUAAAAAAAUUUUUUUAUCAUUUUUUUGUUUAUUAAUCUUGCUAUUUAUUGUUUUUUUGCAAUUUUUUUGAAAGUGUACAUAACCUUUUUCCUAAAAAAAGAAAAAAAUUAAGCACACGAAACGAGGAUUGAGCAAAAUAUUCAACAUUUUUUUCAAGUUUUAUCACUAUUCUGGAAUACUGUUUCACUCAAAAUUUUUCUGAAAGGAAUUUCAAAAUUUCCAUGAAUUCACUGUAAGAGUGAAAUAAAAAUUUUUUUCAAAAAUUGAGGAAAAAAAGAUUUUUGAGAAGCCAAAUCUGAUUUUCUCUCUGUUCUGGGAAAAGUCAAUUUGCUUUCAAGAUCUUUCCAACCGUUUGACUUAAAACUUUGUCUAGUUUUCAAUAAUAAAAUACAAUAAUUCAAAGCUACAGGUGCGGUCUCCGGUCACAAAUAUGGCACGAACGUCAUUUUUCCACGUGAAACGAGGAAACGUGUGGAUUUGUGCCGUAACCCGCCAAAAUGUCAACGCAGCUAUGGUUUUUGAGGUUCUCGUAGUAAUUUUUUUUUAAUUUUAUCGUUUUUUUUUCAGUUUCUAAAACGCUUUGCGGACACGAUGCAGUCCUAUUUUGGAAAGCUCAACGAAGAAAACGUCAAAAAUAACUUUGUGUUAAUCUACGAACUGCUCGAUGGUGGGUUUCUUGCAGCUUAUCUUUUCUAUUUUGAAUUAGAAUCAUGAUGAAAAAUCUUGCAGAGAUUCUCGACUUUGGGUACCCCCAGAACACAGAUCCUGGAGUUCUGAAGACGUUCAUCACUCAGCAAGGAGUCCGAACUGCGGUAAUUUUUUCUCAUUAAUUCUAAACGAAUUUUCCAUAUUUAUUUUCUGCAGGACGUUCCAAUACCCGUGGUAAGUGUCAUGUUGUGAGAGAGUGAAUAGACGUUGUGAAUUUGUUCUGUGGCUUGUGUUGGACCUUAGAAAAUUCAGUUCUGGUUGAGAAGUAGUGCUAGAAAUGACAUUCAUCUACUCUUAAAUGUGUAUCAGGAGAACUUCAGACCAAAGAAGAGCAGUCGCAAAUCACGUCUCAAGUGACCGGGCAAAUUGGCUGGAGACGUGAGGGAAUUAAAUACCGACGCAACGAGCUUUUCCUCGAUGUCAUCGAAUACGUGAAUCUUCUCAUGAGCCAGCAAGGUGAGGGUGGAGAAAAAUGAGAAUUUUGAAUGAGACUGAAAUUACCAUCUGCGGGCUCUCUUUCUGGAUCUGAACUCAAAAGUUCAGCCAAUAUUGAUGACCGAUCUAGUUCAAUAAAAUCAGUUUGUUCUGGUUGAAAAAAUAAUGAAACGUCUGAAAAAGGGUUCAAAAACUUGAUUUUUUUCUGAAAAAAAAUUAUGCUUUCAAAUUAGAAAAAUUCUUUUUUUCGCAUGAAGUAAAAAAAUGUAUAAAAAAAUCGAACUUUUUUUCUGAAACUCCAGGGACCGGCACAUUUUUUUAUAGUGAGCAUAGAUCAGUGGAGGGUGUUAAGAAACGUUUCUCAAAGUUUCCUUCGUGAGUUCAGAUCGAGCACGUAAAAUGGAAAAUUUUUUUUAAAAUUCACAACCGCAUCAAAAAUAAUGAAACUUCAAUCUUCGAACUUUUUAAACAAAUCACCAAAUUUUCUCGAAUCUAAAAUUUUUUGUUUAUAAUUUUGAGCUUUCUUGAUGAAAGAGUUUUUUUUAACUCAGGUGUAGUAAUUUUUGAUAUUAAAAAAAUAAUGAAAAACAUUAAAAAACUUUUUCCCCAUUGUAAAAAUAUCAUUUUCAGGACAAGUUCUUUCGGCGCAUGUAGCGGGGAAAGUCGCGAUGAAAUCGUACUUAAGCGGCAUGCCAGAGUGUAAAUUCGGAAUCAACGACAAGAUCACAAUCGAAGGCAAAUCAAAAACUGGCACCGAGGACCCAAACAAAUCGUUCGCUUUGUACAAACGUCCUUCAUCGAGAUAGAUUUUGCAGAGGUCGCGCCGCCGUUGCAAUCGACGACUGUCAGUUUCAUCAAUGCGUCAAGUUGACAAAGUUCGACACGGAACAUGCCAUUUCGUUCAUUCCUCCCGAUGGCGAAUAUGAAUUGAUGAGGUAAGGGAGGUUAUCAAAAUGACGCAAUUUGAAGAGAAGUUUUGUAAAACGUGAAAAGUAUGUGGAAAUCGAUAAUUCAAAUUCCUUCUGCUUUUUCAAAACCUAAAAUUUUGAAAAGAAGGUAAAGUUGAAAUAAAAUUGAGGGGCUUGAAAGUUUCAAAUAAAAAAAGAGCUUGAAACGUAAACUUGUAUAAAAAAAGUCGAUAGUCUGCUGAGUUAAUCAAUUAGAGUAAAAAUUAGGUAAUUUUGAGGCAGGUUAAAGUGAAAAUUAGGUAGUGUUCAACUAGUUGCCGACAAGAAAUGUUUUCUAUCAAAGUUCAAAGUGAGAGCUUAAAUUCGCUCAAAAUCAACCGUUUAAAAAAAUAAGAUUUUUUUUUUCAAUGUUUCAUUCCAGGUAUCGAACCACUAAGGACAUUCAACUGCCAUUCCGUGUCAUUCCACUUGUUCGCGAAGUGUCGAGAAACAAAAUGGAAGUGAAAGUAGGCGGACUGUUCACAGAAAAUUUAAAACCUUUUUGUUAAUUAGGUUGUCGUGAAAUCCAACUUCAAACCGUCUCUGCUAGCUCAAAAAAUUGAAGUCCGUAUUCCGACGCCGCCGAACACUUCUGGAGUCCAGCUGAUUUGCAUGAAAGGCAAGGCCAAGUACAAGGCUGGAGAAAACGCCAUCGUUUGGAAGUAAGAAGAAUUUUUAUGGAAGAGCAGCCAAAACUCCACUUUCUCAGGAUCAAACGUAUGGCAGGCAUGAAGGAAAGUCAGAUUUCGGCUGAAAUUGAUCUUCUGUCCACGGGAAGUGUUGAGAAGAAAAAGUGGAAUCGUCCCCCUGUUAGCAUGAAUUUCGAGGUAAAUGUUCUAAAAUUUAAAAAAAAAGAGGGUCUCACUGGAAAGUUUGAGAGGUCUGUUGUCAAAAGAAUAUUCAUAGAAGGUAGUAAAGUAAGUUUCAGCUCUUGCAAAAUAUGGCUGUAAAACUCUUUUGAGCCCCGUUUUUUUGUAAAACUGAUGAACCUCUCUGGAGCUGUCAAAAAAAAAAAAGUUAUUUUUGUCUUCAAUUUAAAUUUACGUCAAAACAGUGGUUGCGUAUUCAUGAAGUUUUUGAACCCAUCGACAAGCUCAAACUGGAAAAUCAUAAGCUUCGAUGCAUAAUAAAUAAAAUUAUUGCCUUUCGCGAAACCAGGCAACUGAAACGUGAGAAACUUAACACUCGACCGGUUCCAGGUGCCGUUUGCUCCUUCUGGCUUGAAGGUGCGCUACCUCAAAGUCUUCGAACCAAAGCUCAAUUACUCUGACCAUGACGUCAUCAAAUGGGUACGAUACAUCGGCCGAUCUGGUCUUUACGAAACUCGAUGUUAA